CUUAAGAAUUGUGUAACAGCAAAACAUUGAGUGCCUGUUUGGAGACGGACACAUCGUGUCCGUUUAGCCUUUUUGGAGCUUUGAGACUCUGUUGUCAUCCGAGUGGUUCUUGAAGUUGAGAGGUGGUCCGAGUCAGUGGCUCUCGUCGGCGGCCAAGUUUUCACUUUGAGGAGAAUCUCCGAAUUAUAAAAGGCAUUAACUUUUUCUCAGUCAGAUUUGACUGAAGGCUGACGCCAGGAAAAAUCGCGUUGAAGGUACUCUCUUCUGAGCUCUGUCCGCCGGUAAAACCCGUUCCCAUACAUAAAUAAUUUCUGUGAGAGAGAGAGGGAGGGAGGUGAUGAUUGUAUUUACAGCCUCUCUGGUGUAAGGUGGGCUUGGGCUUUGCAAUGGCGUUGUGCUUCCAGGCCGUGCCGCUGGUGGCCCCGCCUUCAUACCCGAAUGCCAUUGCCUGGUCCGACGAGAAUUUAAUCGCCGUCGCUUCAGGGCACCUCGUCACUAUACUGAAUCCGGCAUUGCCUUUUGGACCUCGUGGCCUUAUCACAGUCCCCCUUGGCGAACCUUUUCCACUUGGUGUCGUGGAUAGGAAAGAAUUACUCUCUGGCUGCUUGUUACCCACCUGUUUAUCCCGGGAUCGUCGACCUUGUGUUCGAUCAAUAGCAUGGUCCCCACUUGGAAUGGCUUCUAACUCAGGAUGCUUGCUGGCUGUUUGCACGACAGAAGGAUGUGUGAAACUUUAUCGUCCACCUUUUUGCGAUUUUGGUGCUGAAUGGAUAGAGGUGAUGGAUGUAUCAGAGAGGCUUUACAAUUAUCUUGAAAGGAUCAACUUUGGGAAGUUAGAUGUUUCUUGUACAGAAAAUUCUGAACAGGCAACAGGACAUAGAUGUGCAGAAGAUUCAUCAAACUUUAUUUCCAAAAAAGUGUAUAAGAGAAGAAAAAUCACCAAUAAGGGCUCUGGAACUAUUUGUCGUAGGAAAAAUAAGGAUUCCAAUGUCAGCUCUGACCCUCAUAUUGAGAUGGAAACAGUGCCUGAGAUAAGUUAUGGCCAACUGGGAGAUGAAAAUUCACUUCAAAUUGUUCCCGUGCCUAAAUCUAAAGCAAAAUCACUCGAGCAGAUACCAGAAAAGUGCACGCUCCCACAGAUAACUGCAAGUCAAUAUGCUUCACGCAGUGCAAUGCUGUCAUCACUCACUGUUGCCUGGUCUCCAUUGCUGCCAUUAUCAUGUGAACUUUGCCCGGUUCCUCAGACUGGUUCAUCUGUUUCUUUACUUGCACUUGGUUGCAAGUCUGGUAACAUUUCUAUAUGGAGAGUUUACAUACCAGAAUGCUACUCCGUUGAGUGCAGUAGGGGACCAACUACCGUAACCCUUGUUGGGCUCCUUCAGGCACACCUUUCAUGGAUAACAUCAAUCAGUUGGGCAUUACUUGCUUCUGAUUCUUCAAAUCCUCAGAUUUUAUUGGCUACUGGGAGUUCCGAUGGGAGUGUGAGGAUCUGGCUAGGGAAUAAUAAAGAACUGCUGAACUCAUCAGAAGUCAAUUCCACUCCCCUUUUCCUAUUGAAGAAGGUCAUAAUUGCUGAUGCUGUCCCAGUUUCGGUGCUUUCACUUAGCAUGCCUGCUAAGUCCACACAUAAAAUGCUCUUAGCAGUUGGCAAAGGAUCUGGAUCUUUUGAAGUUUGGAAUUGUGAUAUAUAUAGCAACAAUUUUGAGAAAUUUGGCUCAUACGAUGCUCAUGACAAUGUUGUUACAGGCUUAGCUUGGGCGUUUGAUGGAUCUUGCUUGUACAGCUGCAGCCAGGAUAAUUUUGUGCGCAGCUGGAUUGUACAUGGGAGCUCUCUCUGUGAAGUACCCAUUCCUUCGAAUACACCCCAUCUUAGGAGCUCAGUUGAUCUUCCAGAUGUAUUUAUAUCAUGCAUUGGUGUGGCGAUGUCCCCUGGAAAUCUUGUGGUUGCCAUGGCACGCAAUUUGGAUCUUGAACUGUUGGAUCCAAUGUACCAAGCAAGGGCUCAAAAGGCAGUGGUUGAGUUUUACUGGAUUGGAGGACAACAACUGGAUCGUUUGUCAAACACUGCUCCACUUGAUGUGAAGGGAUUCCCUUGUUUUCCGGAUAAGGAAUUGGCAUGUUGGGAAUCCAAUAUUAUUUGGUCAUUGAAAAAAUAUGAACAUUUGGAUGAGCCUCUGGUUGUUUGGGAUAUCGUAGCAUCAUUAUUGGCUUUCAAGCAGACAGCUUCAAAGUUUGUAGAACAUAUACUGCUUAAAUGGCUCUCAUAUUCAUAUACGGGGUCUGAGGUUGGCCUUCCAGCUAAAAAGCUUUUGCCUUGCAUCUCUGCAAGUUUGUCAAAGAUUAAUUCUCGCCAGCUGCACCUUCUAAAUAUAAUCUGUAGACGUGUCAUGCUAUUGGAGCUGAAGGCCGAUCAAAUAAACAGAAAAUUAGAGAACUUGAGAGGAUUAAGUAGUGCUGAAGGGAGGCAACUGACCGUGUGGAUGGAGUUACUUUUCAGCAGUGAAAGAGAACUUCGCGAGAGGCUUUUGGGUUUUAGCUUUUCUGCUUCUACAAGUCGUAUGUCCCAUAGAGCCACUACUGCUUCUCGACCUGGGUAUUGGUAUCCUAUUGGAUUAGCACAAAUGGAGCGGUGGGUUGCACUUAAUCAUGAUCAUGGAAGGGAUCAACUGAAAGCCCUUGCAUCAGAAGUUGGAAGGCAUGAGACAAGUGAAUAUGCAGCAGUGGAGCAAUGUAGCUAUUGUUCAGCGCCAGUUCCAUUUGAUUCACCAGAAGUUGGCUUUUGCCGAGGUAUAGAGGGUGAAAGUGGUAUUGGUCAGAGCCACACGCUACCAAGGUGUGCAGUUUCCAUGCAGAUUUGUCCUACUACUCCCUUAUGGUUUUGCAUAUGUUGUAAUAGACGGGCUUUCAGACUGGCGCCUGAGACUCUAUUUUCGAUGCCUAGAAACCAUGUUGAUUUUAAAUCUUCUACCAAGUCAUCUGUGGUAGAAGUACCCUCAAAACCUUUGUGUCCCUUUUGUGGGAUUCUGCUACAGCGACUACAGCCAGACUUUCUACUUUCUGCAUCACCUGUGUAGAAAGGAAUGUUUGACUGUAUUUUAUUUUAUUUUAGUUUAUUUUUUAUGGGCGAAUGUUUCCUGUAUUUAUAUUGUCUUAUUAGUAAUUAUAAAGACUGUUAGAUUCA